AAUAUUUGCUCAAACAUUUACUGUUUACUGUUUUAAUAUCGUUUUAUUUUGAUUAACAAAGUGAAAUAUAGGUCUAGAUAUAUGUAUUCUAUUAGAUGAUCUAACUACAGUACAUCCAUCUUCAUACCCGGAGCCAACCCAGACAGCACGGGAGUUUCAGUUUCAUUAAAAUAAUGUCACCACCUUGAUUUAAUGAUUCCAUAACGAUUCGUACUCGCACCGUGUUCCUUCCGGAAGAUGUCGGCGGUAACACAGGAUGUCGCGGUUACCAACAACAAAAUAUCUCCGUUGCUACGGCAAAAUACCCGAAACAAUAUUUAAGCUUAAUGGGGUUGAAAAGAUAUAAAUGAUGGACUGUAAGCCCAUGGUAACAGAAUUUUCUGAACAUUGGUUAUGUAGGUAUAUCAAAGAUUAAACAUCUUGCUUGACUUUAAAGAAAUAUAGAAAAGACAGUGUUACUUUUAAUGUUUUUAAGUCAAGUUUGUAAUGCGGCCUUAUAAGCGUCAGAGCAGUCAUACGGCUCGAAUUCUCAAUCAAGCGCAGACAAACAGCUACAAAUUACAACUGGCAGCCUUAAAUUCACUUUUACCAGAGAGACAUGUCCAGAGACAGCUGGACUCUCGGUUCCCUAAAGAUGCUUCUCGAGACCUUUCUAUUGACUCCCUGAAGGUGACCAACCUACGACAAGAAAGCAGGCGCCCUGCUCCCUGUGACAGAAGGGGCACACGAGCACCUGCGCUGGCUUUUGAAUCCGUGGGCUUGGAGCGAGCUUUUUUGCCCCCUCCUGCUGUUACCCCCCGCAGUUACCCGAGGCUGACAGCAGACGCAGUUCCCCCAGCAUACAGAGCCAGGCCUGCCCAUGGAGCACACGGCGUGGGGUCCGUUUAUGCCCCGAGCAACACCCUUCCCACAGGUGAUGUAGCACCUUUUCUGGAGACCUCAGUUCCCAGUUUCCCCAAGAGCCUCUGUUCCCAGGAUGACUGUGCCCACUACCCAGAGCGCCUGGACUUAGACAGGCGUGGUCUGGAGAAGUGCCCCCUAGUGGAAGGUGGUGAGAGGCUGCGUCUCCUCAAUCUCCAGCACAACCUCAUCUACCAGAUCCGGAACCUGUCCCACCUGCGGUGCCUGAUGAUCCUGGACAUGUAUGACAACCGUGUGGCUGAAAUGUCCGGCAUCUCGGGCCUCACCUCUCUGCGGGUGCUCCUGCUGGGAAGUAACAGAAUCAAGAGGAUUUGCAGCUUGGAUAAUCUCAUGAAUUUGGAUGUUCUGGACUUGCAUGGGAACCAGAUCACGCUGAUAGAGAACGUCUCCCACCUGUCAGAGCUGCGCGUUUUAAACUUGGCAGGGAACUACAUCUCCAGGGUGGACAACCUGCAGGGCCUGGACGCCCUGACUGAACUCAACUUGCGGCGGAACUGCAUCUCUAGUGUGACGGAGUUGGACCGCCUACCUUCACUGCAACGCCUGUUCCUCAGCUGCAACCGAAUCGCCAGUUUUGAUGACCUGGCCUGCCUGAGCCGGUCCAGCACCCUCGCGGAGCUUGCCCUGGACGGGAACCCGGUGACACAGGAGACGUGCUACAAGCAGACUGCACUGAGAUGCCUGCUUCACCUGAGACAGCUGGACAUGAAGCGCGUCACGGAUGAGGACAGGCGCUUGGCCUGUUUUUUGGCCCGGAAAGAUGAGGAAAGAAAGCGAGAGAGUCUCAGGCUGGCUGUACAAAAGGAGAAACGGCGCCUGGCCGUCCAGAAUGCUGCCCAGUACUGGGAGGACCUCAAGGCUGGGACUAGGGAGGUCUGCCCAGAGAAGGCCAGCUCUGCACAGGGCGAUGACCUUUGUCACCUGCAAGAACUUAGAUCCCUGGAGACCAGUGGUGGCACCACACAGAGUUUGUCACUAUCAGAUAGACACCUGGCGGAGCUGAGCGGAGACACACUGCGGCUAUUUGGGUUGGGAGCCCUGGAGGCCCUGGAUCGGUCCUGGGGAGCCCAGAGUCCCGAAACCAUCACCACCAUUGCCUUCCGCUACAUCCCAUUCAACGCCAUUGUGCCGAUGCUGCCACGAGUCCGGGUGAAGUUCCCCAACCUGUCGCACCUGAUUUUCCUGGAGACAGACAUCAGCCGGUUCCCACAGCUAGCUGCCCUAGCUAAGCUAAGGAGCUUGAAUCAGCUGACCAUCCACCCUGAAGGCAAUCCGGUACUUGGACUGAUGCUGUGGCGUUCAUUCCUCAUUUAUCGCCUCCAUCAUCUCAACCUGCAAAAGGUCAAUAGUAGGGAGGUGACCAUGGAAGACAAGGUUUCUGCGGAGAGGCUUUUUGGCACCUUGGGUCACGUUGCUGCCACUGAAACCCCCCGAUUCUGCCUCCUGCUGCUGCUGGAGCAGCCCAGGAAGCACCAGCUGCAGCUUCUCCUUGAGGGGCGUAGCCAGAGGGCGGGGCUUAGACCAGAGGAGCUGUGCGAGACCAGCAAGCUGCUAGGCGACAGUCUGGGGAAGACGCUGCUCAGCUACCCCUGCCAGUACAGCCCUGUCGAGGGCACAGAGGAGGGUGCUGUGGAGUCAGGGGAGAAGACUGUGAUAGCCCGGCAGUACCUGCGAGAGCUGGUCCACAGGGUGUCUGAAACCAGCCUGAAGGGUCAUUCUCUGCAGAGGCUGUGGCCCUCCCUCUUAAGGGAGAUGGUGCAGGAUUGUGUGAUUAAGAUGAAGGAUCUACCUGCUUAUCAGCAAGCUUGCCUCAGUAGACUUUCUCAUGGCCAAUGAGCAGAGAGGACCUACAUCUUCCGGGUAGAUCACACUCAUUAACCAUCCAUCUCCAACUGGGCAAGUUCUUCUAAAAUAUAUUAUCUGUUUGCUACAGUAGAUUAUCUCGACCAACUUUACUUAACAGGCUGAUGAAUUUGACAAUUGCGGAACUGCAUAUAUUAGCAAUAGUUCUUUUCUUGUUUUGGAUACUUUAUAUGUGAAAGUAAGUAUAUAUGGGAUAGGGUGUAUUCUAGGGACAGCAGAAACACUGCAGAAUCCAAUUCUCAUAAUUCAUCAGAAUUUAUUCCUCAGAAUCUCCUUCCGCAGUACAAAAGUAUAAACAUUUUAGUUGUCUUAAAUAAUUCUAUCUAUCCCCAAAAUGUACAAAAAUAUUCAUACCCAUGAAUUAAAAGUAACUUAAACGA